AUGUCCUCCUCCUCCUCCUCCUCGCCCACCCCUCUCCUCCGCCCACCCUCUACCCGCACGCUCUGGAUCGCCGACAAUUGGACCUCGAUCUUAGGCGGCACCGUCCUCGUCCACCUCGCGCACUACCAGUACCUCACACGCGUCCGCACCCCGAACCCGAACCCCCUCAAGAAUGCCCGCUUUUGGGCUGUAGCCGGUGGCGGAUGGAUGCUCUCCUACCUCGGCAUCAUCACCGGAAUCGCCGUCGCUCAGGCAAAGGUUAACCACUACCGCGACCCCGAGUCCAGUUUCCUCUACGCCGACGACCGCUGA